AUUACAAAGUUGCAAACGGCUGAAGAAUGGAAGCUCCUCGAAGGUUCAGGCACCAUCGCCUCUUCCGUAUAUAAUCGCCAUCUCUGCUCCUCCGUUUUCUCAUCGGAGAAUAAAAAAUCUGCUCAGGAGUAUAAACACCACCCAAUCAAUCUAACAAUUAAUUCUCAAUUUGUUUUUGAUCAAAUGUCUCUGAUUCCAAGCUUCUUCGGAGGUCGCUCCCGGAGCCACGUUUCCGACCCGUUCUCUCUCGAUUUCUGGGACCCCUUCCAAGGAUUCCCGUUCUCAAACGCCGUCGGCGCGCCGAGCGAGACGUCGGCGUUCGCGAACGCGCGGAUCGACUGGAAGGAGACGCCGGAGAGCCACGUGUUCAAGGCGGAUCUGCCGGGGCUGAAGAAGGAGGAGGUGAAGGUGGAGGUGGAGGAGGGGAGGAUUCUGCAGAUCAGCGGCGAGAGGAGCGGCGAGAAGGAGGAGAAGAACGACAAGUGGCACCGCGUGGAGCGGAGCAGCGGCAAGUUCCUGCGGCGGUUCCGGCUGCCGGAGAACGCGAAAUUGGAGCAGGAGACGCCGGAGAGCCACGUGUUCAAGGCGGAUCUGCCGGGGCUGAAGAAGGAGGAGGUGAAGGUGGAGGUGGAGGAGGGGAGGAUUCUGCAGAUCAGCGGCGAGAGGAGCGGCGAGAAGGAGGAGAAGAACGACAAGUGGCACCGCGUGGAGCGGAGCAGCGGCAAGUUCCUGCGGCGGUUCCGGCUGCCGGAGAACGCGAAAUUGGAGCAGGUGAAGGCGUCGAUGGAGAACGGAGUGCUCACCGUGACGGUUCCCAAGGAGGAGGUGAAGAAGCCGGAGAUCAAAUCCAUUGAGAUCUCCAGUUAGAACAUUAAUUCAUAACUGAUUGAGAAAUGAAUGAUUUGUGUGCUUUGUGAUGAAUUUGAGUUUCAGAGUUUGAAAAUUUGUGUUUGAAAUGCUUCAAAGUCUAAUAAUUUUGUUUGUUUUGUGAAAGUGUGUGAAGAAAUCUGUUUUUAUUUCCCCAGGAUUCGCCUUCAAGAUCUAGAUCCAAAUCUAAAUCUAGAUCCCCUGAUAUCUCUGAAAACAAAAAUACCAGCGUGCUUCCCUUUGAAUCUCCUUCAUACACAUCUGAAACAGACCCUACAUGGAGGUACAGAAAGAAGUACAAUUGUUUGGUUGUAGAAGACACGGAAGAGGGAUUUUCGAGCGAAGAAGGGGAAGGGGAAGAGGUAACCUCUGUGAUAGCCCUUAUUUGUUUUCAUGUUUAUUUGGGAGGAUGUGUAAGAACUGUGAUGCAUCCUGAUGUCUUGGUCUCUAUGUAGUCUCAAUGAUGUAAAUAGUGAUGUACUAUUCAUAUUUGCUUUACUUAAACCAAGUUUGAGCUCUUCCCACGUGAUGACCAAUACAUGAAUUCAGAGGGUAGUUUGGGAAAUUUUUAAGUGAUGUGACUUAUUAUUAAUACACACAAAAACAGAAUAUUGUAAUCAAAAAGGGGACGAAGG